AUGGCAACCGCAGUAUCAACCCCCAUAAAGUCCCACAUGGGCAUGUUCUCCACCCGUACCGCUGGCGGACGGAUGCCCUUGACCCCUUCUCCUCGCCAACAUGCAGCAGCAAUGUCGAAGAACAACAACAGAUCCUCGCCCUACACACCAGAGAGGAAGACAUUGGACAAUGAGAACAUCAAGACAUCGUCAGUGUACAGUGGAAACUUAUCAUCACACUUCGCCAAGUCGGCUUCAAGAACAUCACACCGCGACUCGCCAAAGUCAAAUAUCGCCAGAAACGCACAAACCCCCCGUCGUGCUCUGGAACUCGGUGUCUCCGACUUUGCCCUUACCGGUACUGCUGGUUGCAAGACACCUAGCAGCAGCCGAUCAAGAAAGGCUCCUCUACGUCAACAAAAGUCCACCAAGACCACUCUAUCAUACGGCGAUCGGUUCAUCCCAAACCGUGCUGCAAGCUCAGCAAUUGCAACAGUUGGCUCAGGCAAACUCGACCUCGGUGACAAGCAAAGACCCAAGUCCAGUACUGGAGAGGGUUCAUCAGCUCUUGCAUCUGCUGCCGACGAUGCACUGGCUGCUAUGGGAUCAUUGUCAUUGUCUGACGAUGAGCCAUCUACCUACUCUCGUCCAUCACCAAACACUGUCGCAUACCAAGACUCGUUAGCAUCAGCUUGUGGUGUCUCCCUCAACCAACGCAUCCUUGCCUUCAAGCCAGCUGCCCCCGAGUCAUCCAAGCCAGUUGAUCUCCGCUCCCAAUACAACCGUCCUCUCAAGAACGCCAAUGCUGCCUCUGCUCAAUUCAGACGCCGUGUUGCAACAGCCCCAGAGCGAGUCCUUGAUGCUCCUGGUCUCGUGGACGAUUACUACCUCAACCUCCUCGAUUGGUCUUCCAACAACCAAGUUGCUAUUGGUCUCGAACGCAAUGUCUAUGUCUGGUCAGCUGAGUCUGGCACCGUCAGCUCUCUAUUGGAGACUAGCCCAGAUACCUAUGUCAGCAGUGUCAAAUGGUCUGGCGAUGGAGCCUAUGUCAGUGUUGGGCUCGGAACAGGAGAGAUCCAAAUCUGGGACGUUGAGGAGGGAACUAAGCUUCGUAGCAUGCACGGUCACGACACCCGCGUCGGUGUAAUGGGAUGGAACAAGCACACCCUGUCAACUGGUGCUCGAUCUGGCUUGGUCUUCAACCAUGAUGUCCGCAUUGCUCAACACAAGAUUGCCGAGCUCGUUUCCCACACUUCCGAAGUCUGUGGUCUUGAAUGGCGUGCUGAUGGUGCUCAACUCGCUACCGGUGGCAACGACAACCUCGUUUCUAUCUGGGAUGCUCGCUCCUUGGCCGUUCCUAAGUUCACCAAGACCAACCACAAAGCUGCUGUCAAGGCUCUUAGUUGGUGCCCUUGGGCACCCAACGUCCUUGCCACAGGAGGUGGAUCAUACGAUCGUCAUAUCCACUUCUGGAACACCACUACCGGUGCUCGUGUCAACAGCAUCGAUACUGGAUCCCAAGUCACCAGCCUUCGAUGGAGCCCUCAUUACCGUGAGAUCGUCAGCACCAGCGGCUUCCCAGACAACUCCAUCAGCAUCUGGAGCUACCCUACCUUGGUUCGUAACGUUGAGAUCCCAGCACACGAGACCCGAGUCCUUCACAGCUGCCUCAGUCCAGAUGGACAGAUGCUAGCAACAGCUGCUGCCGAUGAGAGCUUGAAGUUCUGGAAGGUCUUUGAAAAGAAGGCUGGCGCUGCUUCCUCGGCAAGCGUGUCAGGUGCUUCUGGAAAGGCUGAUAUGGUCAAGCAAAUGACCAUCCGUUAG